AUGCUGUCUUCUUUGCUCUAUCACAUUGGAAGGAUGGACCUCAGAAAUCGUCUACUUGGUGUACAAGGUAAGUAUUUAACGUGGAAACUCGUAGAUUUGUGAAUUAAAUGACUUUUACAUUGCACAGUGUUUAUUGCAGAGUAACUUAAAUAAGAGGUCUUUCCAAAACUAAGAAGGUAGUGUGCAACUUACCAGAAAGUUCUCCAGCUUACAAGCUUACUUACUUCGCCUACACUACACAAGUUGAAUAAAGGUUGAUACAACCUUGAUUGAUGUGCUAUUUAUUAUAUAAUUUACGUUAUUCUAAUUUGAAGGAAUGGCUGGUAUAACUACUUAACAAGUGAUUUCCCCUCGUGACCAAAGCAAUCAGUAGGUUUUCGAAGUAACUCUAAGUAAUACGAUUCGAGAGGGUCGUAGUCGUCUCUGGAGGUUUACAAACUCUUAUAAUUACUAUGGUUAACAGAAAAACUUAAAGCAAGGAAAAGUUAUUGUUUUUAUGCUUAUUUUCUCUAUUUAAUUGCUAAUUUGUCUUGAAUUUAUUAGAAGCUGCUCUUACAAAAUCAUUCAAGAACGUGGGUGGUAUUCCUUGUGAGGUUCCAAAUUUUGUGGGGCGGAAAGGGCAACGCUCCCUCAUAAAGGAGAAACUGUCUCCGAGCGAUCCCUGUCGAAUAGUUUCCAUCACAGGACCUCCAGGUUUUGGCAAAUCUGCAGUAGCCAUACAAGUAGGACGUGAACUGGUUUCAAAGGGAAAGAUGGAUGUGUUCUAUAUUACCCUCAAAAGUAUGAGGUCAUUAAAUGGCAUGGUAAACUCCCUCCUGGGAGCUCUUCAAAUUUUAGCCGGCGCAGACCCAAUCCAGCAAGCAAAGCACUGUCUUCGCACACUAUCAAAUCACACCAUCAUCAUUUUGGACAACGUGGACGACAUGUUACUUCCUGAAAAGAAAGAUGGAUUUUGCAAUUUCGUGAAGUCUGUGGCCCAAACUGCUUCUCGUGUUAAGUUCAUGAUCACAUCCCGCCAAGUAAUAGACUUUUUAUCUGUCAAUAAGUUACCAGUCUGCUUGGACUCUCUUUGUCCAGACCACGCCAAAGAGUUGCUUUUGACGCUGGAGUCAAGAGUAUCAGAGGAAGAUGCGGAACAGUUGGCCCACUACUGCGGUGGAGUGCCGUUAGUUCUACGUACCACAGCUGCUGUUUUAGCGAAAGGAAUUGAUGCUAAAGCUCUACUAAGCGAGUUCCAAACAAGCCUGGUGCCAACUCUGAAAUCAUUCAAGUCGAGUCUUCCAACAUUGUCUCAUGAUCAUCAGCUUUUUCACUGCCUCGAAAUCUGUUUCAGUAGUUUACGACCUGACCAACAAACUGCUCUUGUAUCUUUGGCAGUCUUCCCAAGAACAUUCAGCGCAGCUGAAGCCCAGUUUCUGUUUAGCCACCUCUCUCAGUACAGACUUGGAAUGUUGCUUCAAGGGCUAGUGGAUCAGUCCAUGCUCCAGUUUAAUUUCAUGUCAAAAGAGUACCACGUCCACAAUAUCAUUCAGUCAUUUUGUGUUGAUCGUGCAGUCCAAGAAGAUAUGAGACUACAGUACCAUUCAGCCAGAAAAUUAUUCAACGUUCGGUAUUUGGAAAUGUUACAGGAUCUAUACGCUGUUUUCUUGUCCCACAAUUGCUGCGAUGCCGUCCAAAAGUUUGUCAAUAAUCGAUUCAACAUCAAGAAGACCUUGAAAGAUUCUCUAUCUUUCCCCGAUUUGGAGAAAAAGUGCAUCGAUACGGCAGUCGAAGUUACUCCUUUCUUGGCCAAGGUGUUCACAAAAGCUAAAUUCCUUAGAAUAUACAGUAAAUUUACAAAUGCCUGCAUUGCAAAUGGAGAUAAGAAGAGACGAGGUGACUGCUUGACAGCAGAGGCCUACGGCAUCCUUUCCCAUUGUGCAUGUCACCUUCCGUGUCCAUCUGCUGUGUCCAAAUUCAAAGAGGCUGACAAGAUCCAAAAGGAACUUGGCGAUGACUCAUCUAUCAUUCGUGCCUUUUGCCUGAGUAAACUUGGCCGCUGUUUCGGCCAGCACAAAGACUUGGAUCAAGCCAUUCUACUGAUAAAGAAGUCCAUUGAGAUCGGUGAGAAGAAGAACAACAGGAUUUUUACUGCAGCAGCUUAUAAAGACCUGGGAGGUAAAAUCUUGCAUUAUGUCUCUUUGAAAGGGUGCACUGAGUAAUCGGACCACAUAAACAAUAUUUUAAUUUCAGCCCUUAUACACAAGGCGCUCCUCUUUCCAGAAAAAUCUCCCCAGGACUUAAGUCACUCAAAAGCGCCGUUGUUUUUCCGGCUCGAAUCACAGCCAAAAGUGGAUCAGUUGUCUCCUGGCAUGAUUUUUCUUUUCACACAUAGAGUGCAGAACCGUUCAACUGACGAAAAACUCGAUGGUAAGCUUGGUGCCAUAUUGAAUUAUUCUCGCACAGUCACGUGCAGAGUCGCGUGACCAAGCGAAAAUCAGUCUUCUGAAAUUCAUUAGCUUUCCCUAGCAGUCCCUCUAAUAAUUCUGCUUUGAGGUACCUACAUACAGGUUUUUUUUUGGUGAGCGGCAUAAAUGGAGCGCGGACAACUACAUGAUAUCCUCAAGACUGUUUACAAGUAUUGAAACGAUAUUUUUAGCUCUUCAAUGCCGGAACAUGGGCAAAUCUUUUUCAUACAAGCAGGGUUUCCCUUUAUCAAAGUCAGUUUAAUAUUUAUAUUUACAACUGAGGAAAACAUCCAAAACUAAAGUAAAGCAUCCUCAAUAGCAAAUUUAGUUUAAAUAUAAAAUAUUUCCCAUACCUGAUAUGAUUAAUGCUUUUGUUUACUCAUGAGACAACUGAUUAAUCUAAGCCUUCUGCGGCUCUCUUAUUUGUAGCUGCAUAUGCGUUUUGUGGAGAUCAUCAAGAGGCCAAUAAAAUCAGGGAGGAGUACUCACUUCCGGUGUAUCUAGAGUUCCUAGGAGACCAUCCUUUCACAGCUACUUUGAUGGACGACUUGGGGACAUCGUACCAAGCUCUUGAAAACUAUGGCAGUGCGAUAAAGUUUCUGCGUAAGGCACUGCACAUAAGAAAGCACUCUCUGGGUAAUCAUCAAGUAACAGCAAGGUCUUUCUAUGACUUUGGAAAGGUAAACAUAUAUAUAUAUAUAUAUAUAUAUAUUUGUUCUUUCUUCAAAAUUUUAUCCCAUUCUCAGAAUUCUUUUCAUUGACUGAAUCUCUACAGAAACUUCAAGGGUGCAAAUAUUGGAUUUCUAAGCUUCAAAGUCAUGAUUCUUUAUCACUCCACUGACUAUACCCGUUUCAGCUUUUUUAAGGCCCCUUAAACACUAUUGUGAGUUAGCAAUUCAGCAGAAUUUUAAUAAUAAAUUAUUCAAUCACCAGGCUUUAGCCAUGAAAGAAGAAUUGGAUGAAGCUCUCGAAGCUCUUAGAAGUGCCCUCGCUAUCCAAGACGAAGUGUUAGGAAACCACCAGGAGACAGAACGUUCUCACAGGGAGAUAGCUCACAUCCUAAAAAAGCUUGGGCGACACGAAGAAGCCAAAAGAGAGGAUCUACUGGCCCAACGGGUGUGCUCGUCUGUUUUUGAGCCCCAGCCCGAGUCCUGAUUAUACUUUUAGUAUCUUUUGAAACUGUUGAUAUACAAGUACCGAUCAGAACAACUCAGUGCGGAAAAUAAUCAGUUGAACUUAGAGCUAUUCUUAACCAUUAGCUUCAAUAUAGAUCUUAAGUUAUACUUUCGCAUCGGUUGACCUCUUUAGCAUAACGGUGGCUUCCAGAGGAGCCUAUGUACUUUUUCGCUCAGUGAGUAGAGUAAUGGGCGCGACGUUGAUAAGGGCGGAAAAGUUUUUAGUAUUCGGAGUACAUUUUUAAAAGCUGGCGUUUGCGACUUCAUCUCCUCGUCCCAUGGUCUUAGAUAAGGCUUCAAGGGAAGAGAAAAGACAUAGGAUUUUGUUCGCUGUAAGACACAGUCGAAUAAUACCUUACUGAGACAAUCUUCCCAAUAAAAUUGGAAACAGGGUCGACGCUUUUUAAAGUGGGCGAGAAGCAACACUUUUGUAUGGCAAUUCUUCGAACUAUUGUUGAAGUUAUAAAGUUACAAAAGUUAGGUUUUAUUCACUGAAAUGUUGCUGUGUUUGAGAGAGAUCGAGUGAAAGAGAGAGAGGUUGGGGGAGGGAGAGGAAGGGAGAGAGAGGAAGAAAGAGAAAUAAUACUAUACCAUAGAAAUUUGGUCGGGACCUCCACGAAAAGUUUUUAUUACUGUGUAGAAAGUAAUCGCUGAAAUAAGGCACUGUAUCUAAUUUCCUUCGCUCUCUGAUUGGUCUGAAAUCUCGCGCCAACUACAAAUCCCAGACCUAAAACUUAAACUAGUCACGUUUUCCAUCGCAUCAGUAGUUUGCUUGUCAUCACUUAAAACUCUUACUGUCUCCAUGUGAGCCUUCAUGCUGAUUGAUUUAGUUCCAGUUUUACGACAGCCGAUCGAUCGGAAAGAGCGUUGUAUCACCUAAGGCAUAAAUGUAUCCCGUGAUAUAGUGUUUUUUCAGAACUUAAGUACAGAACACACACUAGUCAUUUAGGGUCUUCCUGUGAAGAGCAACUUUUCAGUUCUUUCCACAUAAUCGCUUCGUCUGUGAUUUAACUUUGAACAAACCUAUGGAAAUACGGAGUUCAUUUGUGACAGGAUAAUGAUUACAUUUAGUUGUUGGUUAAGUUUUGAAUAAAUAAAGAAAUUGAU